AUGGGCCGCGGGCGCCUGCGCUGGGCGGUGGCCGCCGCCGCCUUCGGGCUGCUGCUGCGGGUCCCGCAGGUCGCAUCCGUCGAGGAGGCCGAGCCGGCCCCGGCGGUUCGGCGGGGGCAGAAGGACGGCUCCCCCACUGCGCUCUUCACCCACGCCGACAACCAGCUCCACUGCCCCGACCGGCACCUCGAGCACCCUUGCGUGGAGGAGCUUGGCGCCUACCUGGCGAACAAGUCCGAUGAGCAGGACCGGGCCGCGGCCCUGGACUGCGUCAACGAGGUGCUCAGCAUCACGAACAACUACUGGGAGCUCAAGAACAUGACUCACCUCCUGCUGGACCUGGACACCAAGGAGCACGUGUUCGACAAGACCUCGCGCGACAACGAGUUCGUCAUGGCCGGGCUCAGGUUCGCGGACAAGCUCAUGCGGCACGAGGAGUGCCUCCGGGAGUUCGACGUGAAGUCCGAGCUGGAGGGCCGCUGCGUGGCCCUCUACGCCAAGAUAUCGGUGCUGAAGUACAAGAACGCGGGCAUGCUCCGGGAGGCCAUGGACGUGUUCCGCAGGGUCACGUCCUUGGCGUGGGAGGGCGCGGAGCGGUCGUACGCUCCCGGCGAGGCGGUGCCCUGGGACGACUUCGCGCACACGCCGCAGAUCAUCCUGGAGAGGGCAUGCCCAUGUGGGGCCGCGAGACGUGGCACGACCUGCCGAUUUGCAAGCAGCUGGAGGACGCCUUCCCCACGAUCCUGGAGGAGACCGAGGCGGCCCUGA